UUUGCUCACUCUUUCUGAAUUUAAUUUCAGGGUGUGUCUUUCAUCGCUUUCAUUUAUAAAAAUGGCAAAUAAAUGUCAACUGGUAGAUUUGAAGGAGCUUUACAAUACUAAGCUGAACAGUGAUUUUACUAUUAUUGUUAAGGGUAAACAGUUCAAGAUUCAUAAGGCAAUUCUAAGCGCCCACAGUCCAGUUUUAGCGACUCUGUUUACCAACGAUACGGUUGAAAGACAAACCAACGAAGUUUCUAUAUUAGAUAUAUACUUAACUUCUGAGAUAUUUGAAAAGCUCUUGGAAUAUAUUUAUACCGACAAAGUGUCAAAUCUGGAUCAAGUUGCUGCUAAUUUGUUUGAAGCUGCUCACAAGUAUCAGAUGACCUCACUUUUGAAAAUUUGUGAAGAAUCACUCCGUGAAUCUUUGAACCCUGAAAAUAUUAUCCAGACGUUAAUUUUAGCAGAUCGUUGUAAUGCAAAAAAUUUAAAGGAUUUUAUUUUGGAUGAUAUGCGCCGCAAUUACUCAUUGGACAUUUUGAGCUCUAUAGGUUAUGAUGAAAUAAGCCAAACAAAUCUUUCUUUGUCAUACGAUGUGCUCGUCAUAAUUGCGGAAAAAUUAGAUUCAUCUAUUGAUUGGAAAAAUCCCAUGCUCCGUAGUUUCAAAUUGCGACGAUAGUCAGUUUUCAAAUGAAGAUUCUUCAGUUUCUUAAUUAUUUUAUUUAUUCUAUUAUUCAGAGAAAUUACAAUAAAAUAUUUGUAUAUGAUCCUGAAAUCAGCU